CGCGAGCAUCGUUUGUGUGUUAUGUGGCGUGCGAGCAUUUUUCUCCAAUAGUGUCGUGCCGGUUUUUGUACCGUUUAGAUGUGUUCAAAUUUAACUUUAUCGGCGUAGUUCGAACGCAUCGUUUAAGUAUUUUCGUAUAAAAAUUUUAUUCAACAGCCGCAAAGUGUCUAAUGCCGAAACGUAUAUUUUGCGAGUAGCACGCAGUCAAUUGGUGGAAAUUGGAAAAUACACAAAUUAAUGUGUAUGGAAAAUAUUGAAAAAUAAUAAUUAAUAGCUCAAGUACGAGUAAAUGUAAAUAGUUGAAAGGAAAAUCCGGUGCCCGUGGAAAAGUAAUUGAUUUGCAGUACGACGCGGAAUCAAUCAAACAAAAUAAAUACGCGUACAUCAAAUUUCGUGCCUCUUAAAGGAGAAAUGAUUUAGCAGCGAAGACGCAAAGUAUCGUAUUUCGGCUGCUUCUUGUUUCCUUAUUGCUGUUGCUUACAAUUGUUUGGUUUUUGUAAAAUUUACUGUUUUCUUUUUUUACUUUGUGCUUUGUUGUUUGCGUUUCUUAACGUUGGAUCGCUUCGUGCACUUUUGUGAUUUUUCGGCUCUUUGCUAUUUACGCCGGUCCGCCUUGUCCAAGAACAUGUAGUGAUUGCGGCACAACUAAUCGGAUGCUACCUGCAGGCUAUUGUUUCGAUUAUCGAGUGACGAAUAACUACGAGUGACGAUUAUUUAGUGCAUCGCAAGUGAGCCUUCGUGUGUGUGUUUGUGCAUUGUCAGUGAGUUGAGGUUGUCCGUUGGAAAUUGUAAUACAGCCUUCAUCUUGUAUCUCUGUUGCGCGCCGCAAAAGAAAAUAAUAAUGCAAGAAAAUAAAGCAAAACAAAUAGUUAAAGCAUACAAAAUUUUAGGUAGCUGCUAAAAAUAGCAAAGAAAUAAGUGAAACAAAAUAGAAACCGGAAAAAGGAGUUUAAAAAGCCUAACUAAAAACAAAAACAAGCAACACGUUGCAAACGAGCUGUGGGCAUUGAACGAGCGAGCAGCACUAAAGGAGAAAAAAAAUUGAUAUUUUCUAUCAAUGUCUAGGAAUUCACGCUGACUGACGACGAGCGUUUUAGGUUUUGCGAAUCCACGCCGCAUACUAAAUUAGGUAUUGACUAUGUGUGAGAAAUUCUUUGAACUUUAAUCCGUUGGCGAGCAGAAGCUUAAUAUUAUAUGAAAUGCCAUUAAAACGCUGCUUCUUUAAAGGGUACUUGCAGUUAUUUUAAGUUUUAAUGGUCUUUUCGUGCGAGCAAAGCGACUCAUCAAGUAUAACAACAACAGCUACACGGCGAAAGACGUCUACCAGCAAUACGCCGUGAUAAGUGAAAAGAUAUACUUUACAGCAACAAGAGGAACAAGUACAACAAUAUAGUACGACAAUAGCUACUACUUACAACAACACCGUCAACAAUCAUCACUUUUCAGCAAACGCUGAAAUACACAACACAUACAAAUAACAAUAACAAAAACAAAACAAAAUGGCCAGUUCAAAAAUUAUCUUGAAAGUUCUACUGUCGCUGUGCGUUUGGUCCUUCGUCAUAAUUGGUCUCUUCAAAAUGCACGGCACCAAUCUUGUCUCACAGGAGUACAGCGCAGUGCCGUUGAGUGGCCGUAUUUUGCUGCAGAAGGAUAUACUGCGUUAUGCGGAAACCACGUCGACUACAACGGAUCGAUUUGAUCCAUCGGAGAUAUUGGUAGAUAAUCGCACAGCCAUGGACGAUGAUCAGCUGGUGCGCGAUGUAGAAUCGCGCAUCCCAUCGCUCCCCAUCGCCUACUGGAGCAAGAACAAAAACUUCCGCCAACAGAAAUCCAACACUUGUGCCAAGUAUCCUUCCAUCUUCGAGCUGGAGUUCAACAACAUUUACUGGCAGACGAUGCGCACUACGAAUGGUACCUUUCAGUUAUUUGGCGCCUACUACGAUAUACGUAAGACCUCACGCAUUGGUCCGACUGUGCGCAUACUCGGCAUGAUCGAUCGCAUACAGCCGACAGUGAAGACGUACUGUCAAUUCUGGUUUGACGGCCAGAAGGAGCCAUUCAUUGUGAAGACCUUUGAGUAUAAGUACAUCUGGUACAAUAAGUGGGGCAACUAUAAGCAGGGUAUCUAUCAGCCGUAUUUGAUAGCUUGUCAAAUACCAAAACCCUUCCACGGUGUGGUGCCCAGCUCGGUGUCGAUGGUUGAGAAGGAAUGCGAUACAGCAACCAACAACUUGCGCGUCAUCUACAACCGGCCGCAGGAUGAUCAGAAGAAGGGUUUCGCGGUUUGCGUUAAAGGUUUAGACUUCCUCUACGAUGAUCUAUCUGUGCGUCUGAUCGAAUGGAUUGAGAUGUUGAAUAUUUUGGGCGCAGACAAGAUCUACUUCUACAAUCUACAAGUGCAUCCGAACAUCACAAAAGUACUCAGUCACUAUGAGCAAGAGGGCAAGGUACAGGUCAUACCGCUAACACUGCCGGGUGGACAACCGAAUGUGCCCGGCUUUCAGCACCUCUACUUAACGAAAAAGACGAAUCACAAGCGUCAGAACGAGGUGAUACCCUACAAUGAUUGUCUCUAUAAGAAUAUCUACCUGUACAAGUACAUUGCGCUGCUGGACAUCGACGAGGUGAUUAUGCCGAAGGGCAAUUUUGUGCUCUGGUCCGAGCUAAUGGAGAAAGUGGUGCCUGAAUCGUUGAAAAUCAAACCCGAAGGCUAUAACAGCUACAAUUUCCGCAAUGUCUACUUUCUGGAUGACCAACAACACGAGCACGGCUGGCACAAAGACAUACCAAAGUACAUGCAUAUGCUGCAGCACGUGCACCGUGCCAAGAACUACACGAAGCCCAAUCAGUAUGUGAAAUGCUUCCAUGAUCCAGAGCGCGUGCUCACGCUACAUAAUCACUUUCCGCUCGCAUGUCUUGGCGGUGUCUGCAAAUCCUAUCCUGUGAACACGACCGAUGCGCAAUUGCAACACUAUCGCGCCGACUGUGUGAAUACGUUAAAGAAGAGUUGUGAGGAGUACCGCGAGAACUCGGUGGAAGACAAAACGAUCUGGAAGUACAAAGAUGAGCUGAUACGCCGCACCUUCCGCACGCUAGAUACGUUGGGCUUCUUUAAGCGGCCGCUCGGCUAUAGCAGCAGCAAUGGCGGCAUUGGCUCGACGACACACGCAAGUGAGCGGUGAUUUUUGGGCAGUUGGUGGGCAGGUGGCAGCAACAGCUGGAUGGGCGGUAGUGGUAGUGGCGCGGACAAUGGGGCAGAUUACUACGAACGUGAGCGCUGGCGUGAGGCUAUGGUGGGUAGUAACGAAUUUUUUUGAUAAUUCCGAGCGGAAUUUUAAAGCGAACGCAAGUAACGCCGAGUAGAUGAGUGGCAUGAAUUACGACGCAGUUUAAAUUCCUUUAACUUUUCUUGUAUACUCCUGAGUAAGCCUGCAAAAGCUUGGAAAGCAAAAGCGUCUCGAGAAGGCCUCUUCAUUUUUCAAGCGUCUAUAGCUUUGGCUUAUGGGCUUGCAACCCUGAUAAGGCAACUAUUUUACUGUAUCUAAUUAAAACAACAACAACAAAAAAUUACGAUUACUUUUUACGAAAAAUGAAAAAUGGCUUUCCCCUCUUCUACUAUCAACCGUUAAGCCUUCUAAAACCCCCUGCGAUAGGCGCCUGUAGAAGAAAUUGAGAACAAUAAGUUUCUUAAAAAAACCAAAAAAAGGUUAUAAUGUGGUACUUAACGAAGACAAUUCUUUCGCUGUUUAAGAAGAAAACGAACGAAAUUAAAAAGUAUGUAAAAUUUUUAUUUUAAAUCAGUGUUAUAAAUUUAGAAAUUUGCCCAACAUUAAGAAAAAUAUUUGUAAAUUUUAUCAAAUGAAAGAAGCGAACAAUUAAUUGUAAAAUUUAUGUUUUAAAUACUGACUACGGAAAAGCUAUUUUUAGUUGUAUGGUUAGAAAAGUAAAUUCUAGCAAAUAAAUCUUGUUACUACGCUCUUUAUAUUUAAACAUAAGAAAAGAAGAAGAAAAAACGUAAAAUGUGCCUUCAUGUUAAAAAGUGUACGUACUUGAAAAAAAUGUAUUCCAAAAAUAUUUCUUUUACUUUCCUUUACAAAUAGUUGAAAAAAUUAUAGCUAGUAAUUAAAGACAAUAUUUAUGUAGGUUUUGAUGUGCCAAAAGCUAGGCUAAAAAAUUUAAAAAAAGCACUUUCAAACAUUUUAAGAAAUCUACGUAGAUGCAAUAUUUGUGAAGCGCCUUCUAUGUUUGAAAUUUUUCUUAACUUACAACAACAAAAAAGAAACUUUUUUUCCUGCUUCGGUUUUUGUAAAUGCAAAGAUUAUUUAAAUGAUGUUUAGGGAAUUUUGUUUUAUCAUUACAUUUUUGCGCAAAAAAAGCACCCAUGAUUUUUAAAUUCAAGAAAAGGAAUUUUUUUUAUCUGAACUCUCAAGAAAUUACGGAAAUUUUUUUUACUACUAUUUACUAUUAUAAAAUAUAAAUUUUUGAAUUAUAAAAUUUUUAAACUUUUGCUACUUAUGGAAAAUUUAACAUUUUUGGAAAAACUUUCAGAGAAAAAAGUGGUUUUAGUUCAAUUAUUAAUUUUUAAUAUUUUAUUUUACUCCUACGAAAUUUGAAACACGCCUUAAAAUACGUAAAUUGUUGAUAUUAGUUUUUCUACUUUCGGAAAAUUUUAUGUCGCUGUUAGAAAGUGUUCUUUUUUAGGGUUUUCCAAACAGUGGUGUUACUUUGAUAUUCAAGGAAAAAUGCUAUUUUUUAAUAUAAAUGAUCGGAUGAUUAUUCAUUAUAAUGAGGAAGGUAUGCCGUUAAUAGUGGAAAAUAACAUCAGGCAAAUGACCACCACGACCACGCUUGCAGGGCAAUAUCCUUUUCAUGAAAUUUUCCAUAACCGAAUUGCACAGUGGCUGCCCUAUGUCCUCGAUAGCGUCACGAAUUCCAUCUUCAGGUCUUGAAUCGACCCUGGGCUGUUGGCGUAGACUUUCUCUUUAACGUGGCCCAAAGAAAAAAGUUACAAGGUGUUAAAUCACAAGAUCUCGGUGGCCAAUUGUGAGAGAUAACACGGUCCGAAUCCCGUGAAAGAUCAAUGGUUUCGUUGCUUGUGUGGCACGUAGCGCCGUCUUGUUGAAAAUAAACGUUGUCCAGAUCAAUACCAUCCAAUUCCGGCCAUAAAAAAUCGCUAAUCAUCUCUUCAUAGCACAAUCAAUUCACCAAUAACACCUGUUAUUAGAAAACCCUUUAUUAGAUAUUUUUUCAAAUUUUUAUUUUUAAUUUUUGUAGUAAUAUAAUGUAAUUUUUUCAUAUUAUUAUAUAAUAUCUAAAUCCUACUUCUUGAUAAUAUAAUAUUAUACUGGAAUAUUCUGACAUUAUUUUAAAAUGAAAAAACUUUUUGACAGUUACUUUUUAUUUUUAUUUUCAACUAUUGGUAAAGAGUUUCUUUUUUUUUUGUUUACUUGUUUUUAACCCUUUGUAGAGAAUUUCUUGUGUUUCUUUAACUUUUUGUAGAGACCUUUUUUUUUAUUUUUUUUUUUUUUGCUUUUUCAAUGGCAAAGCUUUUGGCACUCCACCACCCAUAAAACGUUUAUGUUACGUUUAUGACUUUUUAAAAAAUUUCACUCAACUGCAAAUGAAACGAAACAAAACUGUCACAAAUUAGUUAUAGUGAUUAAUUUGAAGUUACUUUCCACAGCUGAUGAAAGUGUUUAAUCAAAAACAAAUAUGUUAUUGCAUAAAAUGAGUUCGAGGCAGCUAUAAAUAUUUAAUAUUAAGUCAUGAAUAUGAAACUCUGUAUUAAAACAUUUUAAUUUUUUUUUAUAUUUUAUUUUACUACUUCGAAAUUUGAAACACAACUUAAAAUACUUAAAUUUUUAACACAAUAUUUUUUUACUUUCGGAAAAUUGUAUGUCGCUGGUAGAAAGGAAAAAACUCCUUUAUUUAGAUAUUUUCAAAUUUUUAUUUUUAGCUUUACUUUAAUUUUACUCCUCAUUUAAAUUUACUUAAAUUUUUUCGAUUUUUAUUAUUAUUUCUGGUGUUAACUUUUGUUUAUAUUUUAAAAAAUUUUUUUUUUUGGAUUUUUUUUGUUUGUUUCAACUUUUAUAAUUUUUUAUAUAUUUGGUUUUAUCAUAUUUUUUGUUUUUUAAUUAAUAUAUAUUAACUUUCAUUUUUGUAUUCAUGAUGUUUUAUGUUCUACAUUUAAUUUUAAUAAAAAUUUUAUUUAUUGUUUGUUUUGUGAAUUUUAUAAAAUUUCUAUUUGGAUUUGUCAUUUUUUUUUAUUUAAAGUAAAUUUUUUUUCUUUAACUAUUUUUUUUAAAUUUAACAAACCUUCUUUUAAAACUUUUAAUUUGCGGACUUACCUAAAAUGUUUUGUUUUGUGUAAUAUAUAUUUUUUUGACAUACAUACGAGUAUGAUUUUAAUAUACAUUUUUAAUAUUAUUAGUAUUUUUUUUUUGUUUAACUUUUGAAAAACUUCUUUUAGAAUUUUUAAUUUUUUAAUAUUGUAUUUAUUUUAUUAUCCAAUUUUUUUUUUGUUUCUUUAAUUUUAAGUUUUUUAACUUUUAUAAAAUUUUUCUUUUUGAAUUUUCAAUUUCUUUGUAUUUAGUUUUAAGAUAAAAUUUUAAUUCAUUUUUUUAGCAGUAAUUUUUUAAUAAAUUAAUUAAAAUUUUUUUAUUUUAAUUAA